UUUUAUUUGAAAAAUGUCGGAAAUUCCGUGACCCGGAAGUACUGAUUUAACUUGGUUGACGAUGCGAUGAUGAUGCUGGUGAAGAAAGAUGGCAGCAGCUGGAAGAGCAAAUGUGCAGUCCAAGAGGUGCUGAAAGUGGGAGUUGCAGCAGCACAGCAGUCCAGUGGUACACACAGUUCACCUUUGACCUCUGCACCAUCACCCUUGACUCGCCUCCCGGGAACCUCAGAUACCGCUGCAACUAUCAGAGAUCUUCCCCAGAGGUAUCGAAGAAGGAUAGUUGGUCCAGAGGAGAUGGAGUACAUCCAGCGUGGUGGACCAGAGAAACAGACAUCACUGAUAACCUGCCAAACCAUUCUCUGGAUAUUUAUUCAGUACUGUAUAGCUUUUUAGGAGCAUAACUGCCAGAGAUUCCAAUAUAAAAUGCACAAAGAAACUGAUUU